CUCAUGUUUCAUAUUCGCUAGGCACGCUAAUGAUUUUCGAAUGCAGAUCUCAAUUUUCAGAAUUAAUUUUUGGUUUUACAAGCUAAAAUGGCUGGUAACGUCGUAGAUUCUUCAAAUGUUCCGGAUGCAGGUGAAUCGGCAGAAAUGAUUGGUGAUCAAAGUAAAGAUGUUGUGAAUAAACCAGAAGAAAUCAUCCAAGAUCAUGUUCAGAGUUCAGUAGAUGAACAAGAAGAAAUGGCUAUUGACAUCAUAGAUUCUUCAAAUGUUCAGGAUGUACCUGAAUCAACAGAAAUAAUUAGUGAUCAAAGUAAAGAUGAUCUAGAUAAACCUGAAGCAGUCAUAAAGGAUUCUGUUCAGAUUUCAGUAGAUAAACAAGAAGUAUGUUCUGAAACUUCACUAUCUGCUGAGGCAGGGGGAGGGUUGACAGCACAAAAUACCGCCCCGGGUGUCCCAUGCCAGGAAAUGACUUCUAGUACAGUAGAUUCUUCAACUAAUCAGAAUGCAUCUGGUUCAGAAGAAAUGAUUAUUGACCAAAGCAAAGAUCCUUUAGAUAAACCUGAUUCAGUUAACAGAAAUCUUUGUCAGGUUACAGUAGGUGAAGAAGAAAUGAAAAGAAGAAUAUCAUCAUUUAUAUUUUGGAAAAGGAAAGAAAUAGAUCGACGGAAUGUGUUAGAGUUUUGUGAUCGUCCUUAUAUAGAAGAAGAUGAUCCAGAAUAUGGAAAAGUUGAUACAUGUGCCAGAAUAGAUGCAAUUCACUUCUCUAGAUGUGGAGGCAAAAGUCGAGUCAAAGUUUCUAAAGUGGAAAACAAAUGGGGUCCCCAAACACGACCUAUGAUCGAUGCCAAAAAAAUUAAAAAAGAACCCGGUACAGAUGUGAUCGAACAAGCUGGUAAUUCUCUGGACAUGACUGAAGAACGACUGAAAAAUGUUUCUAAAGCAGACAACAAAUGGGGUACACAAGCACGACCCAUGAUUGAUGUGAAGAAAAUCAAGAAGGAACCGGGAACGGAAGAGGUGGAACAAGGAGAUUGCCUAGAAAUAAUUGAAGAACGACUGCAAAACAUGGAGUCUCACUUAAAGAUAAAAACUGACAGUUCCCUUAGACACAGUAUCUUUCAGAGAUUGAAAAAUUUAGAAGACAGAAUUUUAUUCUUAGAAGGCAUUUCUCCAGAAUAUUUUCAUUUUUCUGGCCCCAAAGAUAGUUCACCGAAAAAGAAAACAGAUUCUGAAAAAGAUAAAUUAUAUUCAAAUUGGAGCGUUGAUGAUCUUCAAAAGAGAAUUAAACAUCUACAAAAAUCCUUAAAGUCUAAAUCAGUUCAGUCAAAGAAAGAUAAGAAAGAUUAAUUUUACUCCAGGAGUUGUCAAGUAA